AUGAAGACUCUCUUUCGCAACGCCGUUAUCGCCUCACCAACGGAGGCGUCUUGCCUGGUCGUCGAGGAUGAUCGUAUUGUCUACGUGGGCUCCGAGCAGAAUGCUCCUGCGGCUGACCAGCAGAAUGCUCCUGCGGCUGACCAGCAGGUUGAUCUUGCUGGACGGCGAGUCCUACCGGGUUUCAUUGAUGGACAUAUGCACCUACUUCUCUUCGGAGCCUCUCUAUCCAAAAUCGAUCUAUCGCAGUGCAAAAACAUAGAAGACAUCCGGAAUACCAUCCGCUCAGGCGCCGCUCAACGCCCACACGCACAACGCCUUUUCUGCAGCGGUUGGAUGCAUUCCAUGACCGAUGGCCAGGCUCUCUCCAGCAUGAUCGAUGACCUCGACACCAGGCCUAUCUUCAUUGACUCCAAAGACCUCCACUCCGCCUGGUGCAACUCCGCUGCCCUCGCCGAUCUCGGCGUCGACGCUACCACCCCCAACCCAGAGGGUGGAGAUAUCGCACGCGACAAGGACGGCCGCCCCUCGGGGCUCCUCAGCGAAGCAGGGGCCGUUACGAUCGUCUGGCCGCAUACCGCGCGCGUGGCCUCGGUGGCCGAGAAACAGGGGUACGUGCGAAACGCCGUGGCCGCGUACAACGCAGCUGGGUACACGGGGAUGGUGGAGAUGGCCACGGACGAGAAUAUUUGGGAGACGGUCGUGCAGCUGCGCAAGCAGGAAUUCGUACCCAUUCGUCUCGCCAUGCACUGGAUCAUCACGCCCGCCGCGACAGAGGCUGAGGUCCUGUCCCAGGUUGACCGGGCGAUCGCCCUGCAUGCUGAAUACAACAAGACGACCUCGCCAAACUUCCGCAUCGCCGGCAUAAAGGUCAUCUGCGAUGGUGUGGUGGAUGCCUGCACUGCUGCUCUUAGUGAGCCCUACAGUACGGCUGUGGCUUCGCCCGCACCGCUCUGGGGGGCUGGUAUCCUAGCUAAGGUCGUGCAGCGGGCCGAUGGAGCCGGUCUCCAGUGUGCUCUGCAUGCUAUCGGUGACGAAGCUGUGCGUCUUGCUAUUAAUGCGUUAGAGACUGUGAAGCCGGCAGAUGCUGUCUCGCGUCGCCACCGUAUCGAACACCUCGAGGUUACGGCCCCAGGAGACGCGGAGCGGCUCGCAGCCCUGGGCAUAACCGCUAGUAUUCAGCCUGUCCAUGCUGACCCCACCAUCCUGCGCGCCUGGCCUCGUCUCCUCGGGCCAGAACGUGUUCGGCGUGCGUUUGCCUACCGGGAGUUCCAUGACAAGGGGGCAAAUGUGGCCAUUGGGACGGAUUCGCCGACGGCGCCGCACCUCCCGUUGCGGAACUUGUAUACGGCGACGACGAGACGGUCUGCGCGGGAACCCCAAUGUGAGGAAACUGUGAACCCGGGGUUUGCGUUGACCCUUGUGCAGGCUAUUCAGGCGGCCACGGCUGGGUCGGCGUAUUCUUGCUUCGCGGAUGAUAUCACAGGAUCUCUUGAGGUGGGGAAGAAGGCUGAUUUUGUGGUAGUUGAUAUGGAUUGGGAUGCAGAGAAGUUGUUGGAGGCAAGAGUUUGCGAGACGUACUUCGAUGGGAAGCGUGUGUUUUCCUCUGAUGCCAAAUAG